CGAAUGCUACGGUUAGGCGCUAUACUGUAUAACGUAAUUUUGUGCAAAUUAGACGUUCAUAUAUCAUAUAGAAGGAAUUCAAUAGGAAGCAGAGGCUGUUAAAUACAACGAACGAUUUGGAACAGCUUGAAAGAGAGGAAACCGAUUGUUGGUUUCAUCACCAAGGGAAAUUGUUUGUUCGCUGGUUUGAAUUGGAUCCUGUGUUAUCCCUUGUAACCUCUGUCAGCCUUCUUACGAGUGGAAAACUAGUAGUUUUGCCAGCUUCCUGGCUACUGGUCUUACGAAAGAAGUGAUCCGAACAUUUUAUUCGUAUGUUCAAGGGUUCCUGCAACUUUUCUGCUAUUUUUAUUUUGUAGCUUUGCAUCGUAAUUUGGCCGUUAUUCGACGCUCUGGUCUGGUUUGUUUACUUUUUAUUUGGUCACUUGGUAUCUUGCGUGCACAGUAUAAGGAUUCAUAGCUGCUGAUCGCCUCGUCGUUUCAUCUAUAAGGAUUUUACAAGAACAAAUUUAUAAAUUAAAAACUUUAAUUGAUUUUUAAUCCUGAUUGAAAGCUGAAGCUUCUGCCGAAUUUGACAAUGCAAUGAAUGAAAGAGAAGGUGAUACUGCUUGGCUUAACCAAAGAUCCGUUGAACAUUUAAGCGACUUGACGAAUCGGUUGUUUAUCGGUCCUAUUCCGUCGAACUUUCUCUCUGGGUCUUCUAGUUUUUGGAAAAAGCGUUUCCAAAAUUACUCUCGUCACCAAGCCUCUUAUGAUAUAUCCGUUGAGCCUUCGAUAGACUACAAGCUUUUUCAACGGUUACAUAAUCGCGUAAAUAGAUCUGUCGAUGAAGUCUCCAUUAGCAGAAUCCAUUCAUAUGCCUCUACCAAUCGAGCAUCUCUCGACCAACCCCGGGCUCCAUUAAUUAGUCAUCGUCCAAACAACCGCGUUCGCUCCUCAUAUGUAUCUAAACAAGACUCUCUUGCCCUAUCCCAGAAUUCCAAUAACCGCGAGUCCACCCUCAUACCCUACUCUUCCGAUUCUGCCCGUAUUCGUUCGUCUUUCGAUGUGCAGCGUCCCAAUACCGCUGUUAGUUUUCAAACCUCUCAUUCUCGCCAGUCAUUUGAUCGAAGAUCUUCUAAUACCCGUGGUCUUCGAUUCGCCUUAAGACAAAGUAAUCCUCGUGUCUUGGGCACUGGUGAACAACUCAAACCUAGCACUCCAUAUUCGGGUGUGGUUUUUCGGACUGAACAAGUUCUUUUGAGGGUAGAAACGUCUACCAAUUUGAUUCCUACUGACUUUAACGAGACAAUUGCUUCGAGAAUACCAAGAAAAACCAUUCUUUCAUGGGCCCCCUGUACAGUUGUCGCCGUAAAAACUUCUGAUCAAGGGACUGUUCGAUUGGAUUUUAUCGGUGAGGAACAUAUGAAAACUGUAGCUGAAAUUUUAUCAGAAGACGAUCCUAACCAAAAGUACUACAGGAAAAACUGCCUCUUUUCUUUGUUUCUAAAUCCCUCUUAUACCUUUUGGAAUAUUUAUAAUUCAUUUGAUAACUCGCUGGCAAUAUGGUCCCCGUACAUAAAACACAAAACUUUUAUUUUCCUUUUAAACUUUCAGUACACUACCUCAGCAUAUGAAUGGAUUGCCAUCGUCAGCCGCGCAUUGAAUUUUACUCCCGGGUCUUCUUUUUUUAUUGCUGUUCCAGCUUUUCAUAUCCAAUUGCGCCUCAGCUUUACUGGUUCUGAUUCUCAAACUCUCGUAAACGCUCAUGGCAGUUCUCCCCAGAAAAAUGAAGCAAAUACGGAUUCAACGGAAAAACUUUCCCCGCAAGCAAUUCAUGAUUCAGUUUUGAAAAAUUGGGAAAUUUCGGAGGCUGACUUUGUUGAGUCUUGCUUAAACGUUUUAAAGCUUAAUCCUGAAUGGUCUCAAAUUGUAAAGCACUGGCUCAAAACGCAGAAUAUUGGCUUGUGCUGGAGAAUGUAUGAUCGCAUUAGAUGGAUAACAAGCAUAGAUAACCUUAGGUACGUAGGGUUAUUGGCUGCUAAAGAUAUCUGUCAGCUCGAACUACGACUUAAAGAACAUUAUCCUUCAUUUGUUACAUUUCGCAAUGGUACAAAAAUGAAGGAACCCGUGCCAUUUGAAGGAUAUCUUAUUCGCUUGACAACAAGUGCUGGACGAAGGGGUCGUUUCGGGAGAUUAUUUCACAAAAAACUGUACUUCAUGGUUUUUAACCACCUUUUACUUUCCAUCGAACCUAGUUAUGUCCUUCCUCUUGCCAUUUUAAUAGAAAAAUUUAAGGAACAAUAUAAUGUCCCGUUUCUUCAACACUCACAAUUAGAUGAGCAUCAAUGGUUGUUUGAUCCAUUAAAAUUGGCUGGCGAUACUAUACCAUGGUUUGACAGUAAGUUAGACGCUGCUACAAAAGACCAUUUGUUAUCUUUACUUCAAACAGAAAGAAAGCGUGAAUUGGAUAUACUUUCAUCCGCGAAUGGAUUUUUAGAUUUGUCGAAAGUGAAGCAUGUGAGGCCGACAGCAAAUGAACCUGAAAAUAACGUCUUUGAAGUACAAAUGGUGAACGGAAUGUCUAUCUUAUUCCAAAGCUAUAAUCAGAGAACAAGAGACAUAUGGAUUGAAAAACUUGGAGCAACUGCACGGUAUUGGAAACAGCGUUUGAACCUUGAUUUACAGGAAUUUUAUAACGUCAGGGAUACCAAUAUUAGCAUAUUACACAUUGACUCAUCUAUCGAGCCUGUUGUUGCUUCUCACAGUAACUACUGGGAAGUCUCAGAGUGUAUGGCAAGUACGCAUAUUCACAAUUAUUGUGAUGUCUUAGGAUGUAGGGUCAUUCGGGCUCAGGGAGUGUUGUAUAUGCGAAGCGGAAAUUUGUAUGAAAAAUGCUACGCUGUUCUUAUUCCCGGAAAGAUCAUUUUUUUUCGGGAUGCAACUAGGACCAAAUUUGGUAAGCUACAUAGAAAGACUCAUUUUCAAAAAUUCUCUUCGAUCCAUUUCAAGAACGCCUACAUAUAUACUGGAUUUACUACAAUCACCGAAUUUUCCAAGAGCAGUCAAAAGAAUGAAGGAGCAAGCAAUCGAUUACCUAGAUGUCACGAAGACGGUUGGAAAUCUUUUGAUAAAGAUGAAAUGCUGUCCUUUGUUAUAUACUCGCAAUCUGAAUUGGAUUACUCCUUAGUGCAUGCUCUUCCAGAUGUAUAUAAGAUUCCACAAAAACACGAUAAAAAAGGAAACAAGUUUAUGUUUCUUGCCAGAACUAGGCAGGAGCGUGAUGUAUGGGUAGAAAGGAUAUCCAGCGAAAUUAAACGAAUUCCAAACGACUAAACUUUGAACGAUUUACCUAUAAUGAUUUGUAUUUUUAUUUCCGUCCGUUAAUUCGCAACCCUUAAGCUUUAUGACAAGCAAAUAGUGGUACCCUAAGGUUUUUAAUGAUAAAGCUUCAUAUGCUUACUCUAUUUAUGGAUAUAUAGAUUUGUUUUGCCUUCACAGUUAUAAAUACCGUCUUGCUAAAUAAGUAAAUGAAAUAGAUU